GUGGGGAGGGGAGAAUAUAGUGGGAGUAAUGCAUCUUAUGGCAAGCGGGAGCCGGCAGGGGGCCAUUCAUAAUAAAGACCAUUUGCGUAGAGUUUAUAGUAUUCCAAGGGAAAACCUGAAGUUAGUUGGACGCGUCCCAUUUCGCAGAACACAGUGGUGGCAAAUUCAAAUUUUGUUUUAAUUAGGCUAUGGAAUUAGUGACUACGGUAGUACUGUCGUCGAAUCGAACGCGUUGGGAUGUAAAUAAUUCAAAUUUUAUUACCGUCAACACUACUGAGGUGAUGGCAGGUAAAGAAGAUUGGGAUGACGGCAAUCCCAUUUUGGCGUUGGUGUUGUUCUCCUUUUGUCUGGCCACCGUCCUGGGCAACGCCUUGGUCAUCGCCGCGGUGACCAGGGAACGUUACCUGCACACCGUCACCAAUUAUUUCAUCAUGUCACUGGCCGUGGCCGAUUGUCUCGUCGGAUCCAUCGUCAUGCCAUUCAGCGCCGCCGUCGAAAUGCAAUCAGACCGGCGCUGGUUAUUCGGUCGCGAUCUCUGCGACGUGUGGCACUCGUUCGACGUCCUGGUCAGUACUGCAUCCAUCUUAAAUCUCUGUGUCAUCUCCGUGGAUCGUUAUUGGGCCAUAACGGACCCGUUCAGUUACCCGAGUCGGAUGACGCCCAAACGAGCCGCUUGUUUCAUCGCCCUCGUUUGGGUUUGUUCAAUUCUCGUAAGUUUUCCAACAAUCGCCUGGUGGAGAGCUGUAGCGGCUAAUAAUAAUUCCGAUUUGAUGGCCUCAUCGUCGACAUCCGGCACCAACCAACGAAAGCAUCCAGUGCCGGAGCAGUGCGUCUAUACCGACGAUAUCGGAUACCUCGUCUUUUCUUCGACCAUCUCCUUCUAUGGCCCGUUGUCCGUCAUGGUCUUCACUUAUUACCGAAUCUACCGGGCAGCUGUGGCCCAGUCACGAUCCCUUCGGCUUGGCACCAAGCGGGUCGUAACUUCUACAGGUGAAAUAGUAAAAAGAACAGAAAAAGGACUGGAAUCAGGAUUGGUGGAAACUGUCGAACCUUUAAUGUUGCGCAUCCAUCGCGGAGGCAGAGCCGCGUCGGAAAUUCGUCGAUGUGCUGCCGUCGCGGCCAUUUUGACCUAUGAAAUAUCCAACCGCCAGCAUUCAUUUGUCGUUAAAAAAUCAACGUUUAACACCACUUACCGCGAUGAUGUUUUACAAAUACCCGAUCCAUCGUCCAGCAUCAAACGAACGAUUGGUCGCCGCCAUUCCUCACCAGAGGCGGAGAUAUCCGCACCAAAAACUGCGUUGUCUGUAACUUCAUCAGCAGUUGUCGCUAGCGACAGUGAAUCCGGACGUUACUUCCCAAUCGCUAAACUCAAUCUGAUCCGCAAACUGUCAAAAAUUGCCAAAGAACGUAAGGCGGCUAAGACCCUGGGUAUCGUGAUGGGGGUCUUCGUCGUUUGUUGGUCACCGUUUUUCGUCACAACAUUGCUGUCCGCUUUUUGCCAGUCUUGUAUUGACGACCCAGAAUUAGUCGGCACGAUUGUCAAUUGGCUCGGAUGGAUCAACUCGGGCAUGAACCCCGUCAUCUACGCUUGCUGGUCGCGGGAUUUUAGAAGAGCUUUUACGAGAAUACUGUGCGGAUGGAGCCCUCAGCAAGUUGCUAGUUCACCUAGCAAAAACAAAGAAGAACAUAGACUUAAACAGCAGUAUGUCAAAUCCAGUCGACAGUCGUCAUGCAAUAACAGUUUAGUGUUAACAAGUAGUUUCAAUGUUCAGUCAAAUGUUAUUAAUCGGUUCUAGUCUGAACACUCCACAUAAUCAAAAAUCGAUUCAUUUUACCAUACCAUUAUUUAUUUAACAGCAAGUUUUCUUCAAGCAUCUGAGUUUUUCUGUUGAGUAAAAAAAUUUAAUCAAUACAGUUCUUGAAGUGUCCAUCAAGUCUUCAUUGUCUGCUAGAUACAUGAAAUGUUUCAAACUUUCUAGAAUAUGUUAUUCAUCGUCAAAAUAAAGACGAGUUCAGCAUAGU